UCUCGCUACGCAUGCAUAUGCUAGGAUGAAAGUCACGAGUGUUUUACAAAGAGAAAACUUGGCUGCCUUCGCAUAGUGGAAAUAUAUUUACAGCUUGGAAAUCUUCACAAAGAAACAGUAAUGGGCGGACAACCCCAACAUUAAGAGUGUUGACUUUUGUUGACUGCUUUACUCUAUUUGGAACCAUCACGUGAAAGGGAACAGUUCGAUUCAGUCAUUCCUUUUGUAAUUUGGGAAGCCGUGGACUACCAGGUUGUUUGGAAACCAGGUCAAGAUAUAAAACUGGCUCCACACAUUCCCUUUUGGACUUGUAAGACAAAUAACUAAGUGCCAUAGCUGCAUACGAAUCCAGAAAGGUUAUCGGGAUCUUGUGUAAUGUACUGUGGCCUGCUUUGCGCAAAAAUGAAUGGUUACCUGUGUCCAGAACAGUUUGCCAAACAACCUCCCAAGUUUUCUCCAACUUCCUUUUCAAAAAGUCAUCACCACCUUUAUGAGGGCGUCAUCCCGGAUGGUGAUUUGAGCAAGAUAGUCAGUGAAGCAAUUACCUAUUUCCAGCCAGGUAAAGUGAAGGAAGGAUGUACGAUUUUUUAUCUAAUCUCCCAUGAAUCAAGUGGUGAGAAAGAGGCCCAUCAUAAAAUUUUCAUCGCCCGUUCUGGCUCAGGACAAAAGCUUUUCAAACAAGUAUCAAUUCUAAACACUAACCUUGCUACCACAAUAUGCAGCAAUGUUUAGAAAAUACCACAUUUACGAUAAAUUUUCUGGAAUGGAAGUGUUUAAGAAUAUCAAAUUCGACUUUUCCCGUCUUAAAAAUUUAAUUGUGUUUAUUUCCAUCGAUCGGAUCUUGAGGGGUAUAAAAUAUCAAGGGAUGGCUAUAGAAAGUAUGGUCAAUCCAAGAUUGCAAGAUGAGUUCCUCAAAAUUGAAGAAGUAAUUAAUUUUCUCGGAAAAACCCUGCAGAACUGGGAAGACAAUGAUAUACAUCAUUUUAAGAGCUUAUAUGUUCUUCACGAAAAGAAACUGGUGGUAUGGGGAGAGCUAAAAAGCAUUGAAGAAUCACAUCCGGAAAUAUUUAAACUUUUCAUUAAUAAGAUACCAUCUGCCUGCGACUGCAACAUCCCAACAUCAGACAAAUGCAUCCAAGACCAUAAAUGCAUCUACUGUGGGUCGGAAAACUUAGACACCCAAGCGAAUACAAAAUUCCAGACGUUUCGGAGCACCAAAGCUGAUUUGAUUGAGGCAGAUAGGAAGAAAAAGAUAAAGAAUUUUUCACACCUUUGGAAUUUUGUAUUUGAAUUAAAUGAAAAAGACGUGCUCAACAAUUUUGCCGGUUGUGCCGAAAGCAAUUUACUCGAGUAUUUGGCAACUCAUCCUGACAUUUUGGAUGAAUCGGGAAAUCACAUAAUUUUUACUGUGAUGAAUUCAUCAGUUAGUUCGACCAAGACGAAGGAGAUUGAAAUUUGUUCUCCUUGUUUAUACUGCUGUUGGGUUUUUCCCCAUUAUUAUGAUUUAAUUGGACAAAGUAGACUCAUAAAAUGGGGAACUUACAGGGAGCAUUAUAAGGAAGGAGCAAAUGCGUAUAUACCGGAACACAUUUUUUUACAUUUGGUUAGUGAGGGGCGUUUAGUGGAUUUUCAACGAUAUUACGAAACCUGGAGUGAAAGAGUGUAUCAGUUUAGCAGAAAGCACUAUCUAUCCAUCGGGAGCAAAUACACUGUGCUACACCAUGCUUGCUCUUAUCACAGUCAGACCGGAUUUGUCAAAUUCAUCCUGGACAAAGAACCGGAUUUGCUUAAUUCGAAAACAUAUUUUAACAGAACUUCCCUUCAUUUCGCGGUAAUGAAUUGUCACCCCAGAAUUGUCGAGUAUCUACUAAACUGCCCGGGAAUUGAAAUAAACAGCAAAGAUCACACUAACCUAACACCAUUCAACCACUCUGUCAUUUCGAGAAACGGGGAAAUUAUCAAUCUAUUCCUGCAAAAGGAAGGGGUUGAUGUGUCUUAUGACGCCGUUAAUGAUCACCCAAACUUUUUAAUAGCUGCAAGUUCCUUUUCUACGCUUGAAGUUGUAAAGAAGGUUUAUAAAAUGAUGGCCAAAUUAGGAAAGGGAUUUGACAUUAAUUAUGUUUACCAGGAAGAGAAUAUUACAGCCUUAUCUCAAGCCAUUGAUCGAAAUGCUGUCGACAUUUUUGAUUUUCUUCUGGGUAAAGGAGCUAACGUUUACAAGCCGGUGGCAAAAGGGUGGAACCUGGAGGCAAUAUUUUUACGGCUGAUCCAUUUUAGACGAUGGGACAUGAUGAGAUCUUUCUUAUAUUUCCACAUGGACGAACCAGAUAAAUUGAAAAAGCUUCAAAACAUGAAGAUGGGUGAUAACGCUACUGCGUUGCAUAUGGUGGUAAAACGGGCCCAAAGUGUGAACCAUGUUGAAAUGCUUACCAAACUUGGGUUCAAAAUGAACGAAGAUAACGAUGGCGUCACUCCGUUGCAAAUCGCAACUGAAGGUUCUGACAUUCAGAAACAUUUGGAAAAGUAUAUUCUUCAGCGAGAUGUUAAAGAUGAUACGGACUGUAUUGAAAGAGCUCCAAAACUGUGGAGAGGAUUGAGUGUAAAUGACUUCGAAAUUGAUCCAUUUAUUUGGCUUUAAGAUAUGAAUGUUGGUUUUAAUGUUAAUUGUUUUAUUAAUGUCUCUUAACAAAAAAUUCGAAUUUAUUCGAAUUAAUUAUUAUUAUCAAUUGUAAAUACCAAUUACGUACUUAUUAUAUAUUUGUAAUGCAAUUUUUAGUGCUUUAAGGGCCACUGAGCCUGAAAAAGCGAUAAACUCGUUAUUAUCAUUAUUAUAAAUAUGUUCAGUAAAACUUGACUAGCGGACACCUGUAAUACCUUAUCCGCGUAAAUGUUUUGGUAAACUCACACUGUAAAUAAUUUGGUAAUAAACAUUACCGAAAAGCACAAGUAUAUGACUCUGCCAAAGUAGUAAUUAUUAGUUGUAAUGGCUUGGUAAUAAAAUUUUACCAUUAUGGUAAUGAAUUUUUUCUACGUGGUAAAAUAUUA